AUGGCGGAACCAGAGUUACAGCUUUAUUCCUCUCUGCGCUACGACCUGUUGCUCCCCCCAAUCUCCGCCAACACCGAGGCAUGGGAUAGCGAGAUCAAACAUCCCAGCCCCUUUUAUAUGCUCACGUACCACCGAGACCGUUUGUUGCAAGCCGCUGAACAUUUCGACUGGAAAAUUGCCGCAGAUGUUAUCCGUGGCCCCAAUGGCUUCAAACACCUUCUCAUGAAGCUUACCGAGACCGUUGACACCCAAUCUACCAAGCCCGUAAAGAUUCGGGUAUUGCUGAGCAAAGAUGGCACGAUCACCAUCGAGCUAUCACCUACGCCGGAUUCUAGUAAGGAAGCACUAUACCCUGCGAGACUCCCACCACCAAAGUCUGCGAGCAAAAUGAAAGUCAGCCCCUUGACAGGCGGAGCAUUAGAACUCGGGGAUGGCGAUAGCGUUCGUGGCGAUCCUCCCACAAACCAGCCGUUUGAGGUGAUCCCUGAUACCAUGAAAACGACGCCGUCUCCUUACACGUCGUACAAGACCACAAGUCGAGACAUGUAUACUAAUGGUCGGCAAAGGGUUGGAAUUAAGGACGUCACCGCCAGGCAGGAGGUUUUGCUUGUCAGUGAUAGUGGGGAGAUUAUGGAAGGUAGCUUUACGAGUGUGUAUUUUUGGAGGGAUGGGAAAUGGACGACUCCGAACGUGGCGAGUGGUGGUCAAAUUGGCACUUCGAGACGAUGGGCCCUUGAAAAGGGAUUUUGCGUUGAAGGUGUGGUGAAGGUCGACUCUUUGGCUGAUGGUGAAGAAUGCUGGAUUAGCAACGGUGUCAAGGGUUUCCUGCCCGGAAAGGUGAAGCUCCUAUAG